AACACGCUACAAGAGUCGGACACCGCUCUGGGCCUCUCUUCUUCUAGCCUGAAGUCCUGAACUCCGGCCGGUCACUGUUCCGCAUCGCCGUAGUAGCCAUGUACGGCGGGUCCAGCAAAGGGGGGCAGGGGUGGAGCCCGUUCGACGCGAUCCGCAGCUUCCCGUCGACGCCCGAGACCCUCAUGUCCCAGAUCGACGCUGCCAUCGCCGCCACCGAGUACGCCCGCUCCUGCGCGCAACUCGACCCCUCCGCCGCCGCCGCCUCCGCCUCGGAGCCGCGGACGGCGGCGCCGCCAGGGGGAGGGGAGGCUUCCGCCGCCUGCUACGACGCGAGGGUCGCGGACGAGGCGUACCGCGCGGCGUGCGCGGCGCUCGGGGCCGGCAGGGCGGACGCGGCCGUGCGGUCGCUGCGGGUGGCGCUGGCGAGCUGCCCGCCGGAGAAGGCCGCGGCCGUGGCGAAGGUGCGGUCCAUGCUCGCCAUCGCGUCCGCGCAGUUGCACAAGCAGCAGCACCAGGCGCAGCAGCAGCAGCUGCAACGCGGCGUCAGGAAGUGAGAGGCGUCACCGGCGUCGUUGCAGGAUUAUCCCCUAUUCGUCUGGGUUAAGGUUAAUACAGAGCUGUAAUUACUGAUUACUACUGGUAGUCAGUAACUACUCCUACAUUUACCUUCUACAUAGACUAGAUGCACAAUAAAUCCUACAUUUACUUUCUACACUUCUAUACACAAAAUAGAAGCACAAUGAUUUGUGACAUCGUCGUAUUCACUAUCACAAGUUGACAACAUGAUCCUCCCAAUUUAAUGAUCCGCUGAAAGCCAUCAUUUGGAGAUCAUUUGCAGAUAGUAAAGAUGGAUUUAACGCUAGUGAUGCGCGAAUUGUGUGUAUACUUCUUCCGUGAAAUCUGGAGCAACAAUUUCUUCUUUAUUACUGUAUUUGUCAGAAACAUUGCGUACAUCUGACUUGUUUGUGGGGGAAAGUAGCAAUGCAAGUCUAAAAUACACUGAUAUGCUUUGCCCAUCAACCUGAACUAUUAUUGUCUCCAAAAUUGCGAGGAAAAA